CUCAAGAAGAAGAAGAAGAAGAAAAGGACGAUGACGAGAAGAACUGUGAUUCUAUUCCGUUCGUAAAGCAAAAGCUCAAAAGCUUCAAAAGAAACCAAAAUUAUUACAGAACAGAAAACCAAAGAAACAGCAAUUGUCCGAAGUCAAAGUCUUCCCUUUCACCAGAUUCUUCUUCUUCUUCUUCUUCUUCAUCAUCAUUCUCAAAUGCUUUUUUGAAAACCCAUCACUUAACAGUGCCUGAACCUGCAACUCAGUUCACCAAUGGAAUUCCCAUCUCUAAUUCUUCCUCUUUUAGUUUUCCUCUCCUUUCAUUUCAUCAUUUCCUCAGCUCUAAUUACGCUUGGUUCCUCCCUAUCCGCUUCUAAUCCAAACCAGACAUGGCGUUCCCCCAACAGCACCUUUUUUCUGGGAUUUCUCCAGGUGGGUUCCAGCUAUGUUGCAGGCAUCAACUACUUCGGUGGUGUGCCAAUCUGGACUGCUGGUGGCCCUUCCGUUUCCGUUGAUGUUGGUGGAGCCUUCCACUUCAGUUCUAACGGUACUCUCCAACUCGUCAAUGGCUCCGGUGCUGUCGUCUGGGACUCCAAUACUAGCCAUCUCGGUGUGACCUCUGCCUCGCUGGAUGAUUCCGGCAAUUUAGUACUCAGAAAUGGCACUGGCUUUUCGGUUUGGUCUAGUUUUCAGAAUCCUACAGAUACCAUUGUCCCCUAUCAGAAUUUCACGGUAAACCAAGUUCUUAAAUCUGGUGUUUACUCGUUUCAGCUUCUUAAAUCUGGAAAUCUCAUGCUGAGUUGGAACGAUAGCAUAAAUUACUGGAAUCAAGGUUUGAAUUCAUCCAUAGAUUCUAAGUUGACUUCGCCGGUCUUGGGAUUACAGCCAAUUGGGAUUUUAUCCAUCUCCCAUUUCACUUUAACGAGUGCACAUAUCGUGGCUUACAGUGACGAUUAUGCAGAAGGUAACGACAUAUUAAGGUUUCUGAAGUUGGACAGCGAUGGAAAUUUAAGGAUUUAUAGUUCUGCUUUAGGAAGUGGAAGAACAACUGUAAGAUGGGCAGCUUUGACUGAUCAGUGUCAAGUUUUUGGAUAUUGUGGGAACUUGGGGAUUUGUAGUUACAAUGAUUCGAGUUCAAAUCCAAUUUGUGGAUGCCCGUCAGAGAAUUUUGAGCCGGUUGACGUGAAUGAUAGUAGAAAAGGAUGUAAAAGAAAGGUGGAGAUUGAAAAUUGUCCUGGAAGUACAACUAUGUUGGAGAUGGUUCAUGCCGAGUUCUUGACUUACCAGCCUGAGCUAUCCUCUCAAGUUUUCUUUGUGGGAAUAUCAGCUUGCAGGCUGAAUUGUCUUGUGAGUAGUUCUUGUGCUGCUUCGACAUCUUUGUCUGAUGGAAGUGGGUUGUGUUACUUGAAAAUAUCAGAUUUUGUUAGUGGGUAUCAGAAUCCAUCACUUCCUAGUACUUCCUAUGUCAAGGUUUGUGGACCUGUCAAACCAAACCCUCCAGCUAAUUUGCAAGUUGUCGGAAAUGGCAAAAGUAGACUGCAUGUAUGGCUUGUUCUUGUUGUUGUUGUGAUUACCUUUGCUGGUUUGGUUGCCGUAGAGGGUGGUGUUUGGUGGUGGUUUUGUAGAAAUAGUCCCAAAUUUAGCAGCUUGUCAGCUCAGUAUGCACUUCUCGAGUAUGCCUCUGGUGCACCAGUGCAGUUUUCACAUAAGGACUUGAAUCGAGCAACAAAAGGAUUCAAGGAGAAGCUUGGAGCUGGAGGAUUUGGAGCUGUUUAUAAAGGCAUUCUGGCUAAUAAAACAGCAGUUGCAGUCAAGCGACUCGAGGGAAUCGAGCAGGGCGAGAAACAGUUCAGGAUGGAGGUUGCAACAAUAAGCAGCACUCACCAUUUGAAUUUAGUGAGACUAAUUGGGUUUUGCUCUGAGGGACGCCAUAGGCUUUUGGUCUAUGAGUUCAUGAAAAAUGGAUCACUUGACAAGUUCCUUUUCACCACAGAUGAGCAGCUGGGGAAGCUUCUGAACUGGGAGAAUAGAUUCAACAUUGCCCUUGGUACUGCAAGAGGAAUCACAUAUCUUCAUGAGGAAUGUCGAGAUUGCAUUGUUCAUUGCGACAUCAAGCCAGAAAACAUUUUACUAGACGAGAAUUACAAUUCCAAGGUAUCAGAUUUUGGCCUGGCAAAGCUUGUAAAUCCUAAAGAUCACAGGUACAGAACUCUCAGAAGUGUAAGAGGGACAAGAGGAUAUUUAGCACCAGAGUGGCUUGCAAAUCUUCCGAUCACUUCGAAAUCUGAUGUUUACAGCUACGGCAUGGUUUUGCUGGAGUUGGUGAGUGGAAGAAGGAAUUUUGAGGUCUUUGCAGAAACAAAUCAGAGACGAUUCUCUCUGUGGGCUUAUGAAGAGUUUGAGAAAGGCAAUGUGCAUGCCAUUGUAGACAAAAGGCUUGUUGAUCAUGACGUGGACAUGGAGCAAUUAACAAGGGCGAUUCAGGUGAGCUUUUGGUGUAUUCAAGAGCAGCCAUCUCAGAGGCCGAUGAUGGGAAAAGUGGUGCAAAUGCUGGAAGGGAUCAUAGAUAUUGAGAAACCACCAGCUCCGAAGGCGAUAAUUAUUGGCUCAGCUUGUGGCACAAGUAUCAACACGAGCAGCAGUGACACUGCUUUUUCAACCUUUGCAGCUUCAGCUUCUGCUCCAGCUCCAUCGUCAUUUUCCUCAUUUCAGACUACUGUAGUUUCGCCAUUGCCUUGAACCCAGCUGAAAAACGUAGUCACAUUUGCAAUUUAUCCUGAGAAUCCUGUCGGCGGUGAACUUUUGCCGACGAAAUACAAUACAUGAUCAUGAUCAUGAUAAUGAUAUAAUCUUUGUAAAAAAAUUUGUUCUUCUUGUUAAAGUGUAGUAUAAAAAUUUGUGUGAGAUUGAGCUUUUUUCAGUUUACUAC